AUGGGCCCCGACGAUGAGGUCACCAGUACACACAAUCAUAUUGAAGAUUCUCAUUCGGGGAGUCCAAGGCACAGCCGCCAAAAUGAGCGUGACGUUGAUGCCGAAAAGCACGCCGGUCAUGAACCGAACGAAUUGCCAGACUUGAAAAGGAGGCUCAAAAGCCGACACCUGCAGAUGAUUGCAAUUGGGGGUACCAUAGGAACCGGCCUCUUCAUUGGCAGUGAGACAGCAAUCGCCAACGCAGGUCCCGUCGGCGCUCUCAUUGCAUAUAUUUUUGUCGGCUCCCUUGUCUAUUCAGUCAUGACCGCGCUGGGAGAAGUCGCGACAUAUCUUCCCAUCCCGGGAGCUUUUGCUUCAUAUGCCGCACGAUUGGUCGAUCCCAGCCUCGGAUUCGCGAUGGGCUGGAUAUACUGGUUCUCGUGGGCAUCGACCUUUGCUCUAGAAUUAACCGCGACCGGUCUCAUUAUACAAUACUGGAACGAGACCAUUCCGAUUGCGAUCUUCAUUGCUAUCUUCUGGGUGCUCAUUAUCAUUCUGAAUAUGCUACCGGUCAGCUUCUUUGGCGAAGCAGAGUUCUGGAUGUCAGCCAUCAAGGUUAUCACUGUCAUUGGAUUCAUGAUUUUCGCUAUUUGCAUGAACGCAGGAACGGGCAAGGAAGGGUAUAUCGGGUUUCGGUAUUGGGUGCAUCCCGGCCCAUUCAACGCAUAUCUGAUUGAGGAUGAGAGCAAGACUGCCAUCGCCAAAUUUGUUGGAUUUUGGGCUGUUCUGAUCAAAGCCGGGUUCUCAUACCAGGGCACCGAGCUCGUCGGUAUAGCUGCGGGUGAAACCGAGAAUCCGGGCAAAGCUAUUCCGUCGGCGAUCCGCAAAACAUUCUUUCGAAUUGUGUUUUUCUUUAUUUUGACGAUUUUCUUUAUCGGAAUCGUCGUCCCAUCCUCGGAUGAGCGUCUUACCGCCAGUGAAGGCAGCGGUGCCAGUGCCAACAAUGCGAAUUCGUCACCCUUCGUUAUCGCUGCAAAACGUGCCGGCGUCAAUGUGCUAUCGAGCAUAAUUAAUGCCGUGCUGUUGACUGUCGUUCUUUCUGCUGCUAACUCCAAUGUCUACAGCGGCAGCCGCAUUUUGGUCGGAUUAGCCCACGAGGGCUUCGCGCCGCCUUUCUUCGUGCGAACAACCAAACAAGGUGUCCCUUAUUGGAGCGUUGCAUUUACCUCUCUUUUCGGGUUGCUAGGCUUCUUGAAUGUGUCAAAUGCUGGCAGCACGGUCUUCAACUGGCUGCUCCAGAUUGCUGGUUUGGCCGGGUUUAUCACUUGGUCGUCGCUGAAUAUCUGCCAUCUGGCAUUUAUGAGGGCGUUGAACGCCCGUGGAAUCUCUCGCAAUAUCCUGCCAUACAAGGCAACCUGGCAGCCCUAUCUGUCGUGGUAUGGUCUUUUCUUCAACAUCUUGAUCAUCAUCACGCAGGGAUUCACGGCCUUUAUUCCAAGGUUUAGUAUCACGGACUUCUUUAUCAACUACCUCAGUCUCAUUUUGUUCACUGUGUUAUAUAUCGGGCACAAAGUGGUUUUCCGGCCGAUGUUUGUGCAGCCUCUGGAAGCUGAUAUUGACACGGGACGCCAUGAAUUUGAAAACGAAUAG